CGAAAUACAAAAGAACAUACAAAAAAUUUGGAUUAUCAUUGCAGAAAGCAAGGGGAUAUGGCAAGCACAUUCAUGGAGAAGUAUAAGCCUCAUCUGAUGAUGUUUCUAACUCAGAUUGGUUAUGCAAUUGUGUAUUUCUUUACUGAAGCUGCCUUCAGUCGAGGGUUGAAUCCGCAUAUAUACGUCGCUUAUCGGUAUUGCCUAGCUGCCUGCCUCAUGUUUCCUUUUGCCUAUGUUCUGGAGAGAAAAUCGAGGCCGGAGCUUACGUUUCGACUGUUCUUGGAGUUCUUUUUGCUUUCUCUCAUAGGGUAGUGUGAAUUAUGAAUGCUCCUCUACUUAUGGUUAUGCCAAUUAGAUUUUGAAUCAUAAUUUUUUUUAUCUUAUUUUACCCCCUUGAUGAU